AACAAACAAUCGUGUCAAAGUACUCGCCAGCACGGGUUACAGAAAGGCAGCAAUAAUUGCGCGUGUACAAACGUGCUCGUUUUGUAUAAAGUGAAUGUAAAUUUUUGUACGGCAAAAGUGUCCCGUUUCACCAUCGAUGGACCAUCCUCGACCAUGCGGUUGCAAGGGCCGUAGGACGUGCCUUAGCUGCGAGGCCGAAUUCGGCAUCGAGCGCAGUGAUUUCUACACCAUAUUUCAGAACUCCGAUUCGUACGUGUUCUGUCCGCUUUGUAACAAAAUUUACCCCGGCUGGGAUUGGCGAAAGGUGCUGGCCGAGCAUGCAGACACCCCACAGCACGGUGGUGUUCAGGGCGAAACCUAUCCCGGUGUGUACAUCGAUCUCGACUUUCUGUCCACCGACGAGGAAGUGGAACUGUUGCACGGGUUAGAUGAGUUGCCGUGGGAUGUUUCGCAGAGCGGACGACGGAAGCAAAACUUUGGACCGAAAACAAACUUUAAGAAAACGCGCCUUCGGGUGGCCCAGUUUGCCGGCUUUCCACGGGUGAGCGAAUUUGUUCAGCGUCGCUUCGAGCGGGUUCCACUGUUGGCCACUUUCCAGACGAUAGAACAAUGCUCGCUGGAGUAUGCGCCGGAGCGUGGUGCUUCGAUCGAUCCGCACAUAGACGAUUGUUGGAUCUGGGGCGAACGGAUCGUGACGGUCAACAUGCUGAGUGAUUCGGUGCUAACGAUGUCUCCGUACCGGUGUGUCGAUGGGAAGUCCAAGUAUAAUCUACACUUUCUGGACCAGUAUCGGAAAGAUCUGCUCGGGGAGCUGAUGGAUGAGAAAGCGAUGCUUCGCUUUGAGCACUGUAUCGUGCGGAUACCGAUGCCGAGACGGUCCCUGCUAGUGCUGUACGGAUCUCCACGGUAUCAGUGGGAACAUUCGGUGUUGCGCGAGGACAUAACCGAUCGUCGGGUGUGUUUGGCGUAUCGGGAAUUUACACCGAUGUAUCUGCAGGGUGGCAGUGAGUUUAGCCAGAGUGAAGGUAUCUUCGAACGAGCGAAACAAUUUUGGGACCAUCGGUCCGUAACGGUGGACAGCUAAUACUGUAAGGUUGAAUACAGCAGACUCGCAUUCGGAAGCAAUAAGGCGCAAAAAUAUGCAUUACUUUUGUAUAUCGGUACCAUCUACGUGGUGUAAAAAAGGGCUGUAAGUUGCAGUAGGUGAUUUUCGUAACUAUCUUUAUGAAACAAAAUUCCAUAGGAAUAUUAAUAUCGAAAAAAAUGUUUCACAAAAGUAUGGUUGAUCGAAAGAAAUGUGGGUUUAGAUACAAUUUGAAUGGAUGUAGAGCAGGUAAAAUCGCUUUUUCAGUUGCUUUAUGCUUCUUAUCGAUGCUGACAAUAUUUGGUAUGAACUCUUGGAAGGUUAUAAAAAAAAAUUCGGCCUCUCUGAAUUCCAAAGCAAAGGUUUAUUCCACGAAACGGCAGAAUGAAGUCUAUUUUUUUGCGAAGGCUUUAAGCCAAACAUAUUUGUAUUCACACGUCAUAAGCGCUCGAUAUGGCCACGGUGCGCGGAUAGUAAAGUGUUAUUUUAUUCAUGAAACAAGCCAACGACCUUCAAUAAGGACGCUGGCAUCGCGCGCUGGAUGCGAACACACCGACACAGUCGUUUCGCAUUAAUUAGCAUUAGUUUUGGAUGUGUUUUGAAUUUACGAAAUUUUAAAUAUGUAAAAUAUUUGAUGAAAGAGCUGAUUUUUAGUAAAAAGUUGUGUUGGUGAUGUGGUUCAUUUUGUAAAUGUUAA